AUGCAUUCUCCCCAUGCCCCCAUGUCUAUGGGGUAUAGCACUAAUCCGGGAGUUGUGCCACCUACGGCUACACCUUCGCCAGCUCCGUCUCCAGCGGCCAGCUCUUUCAUGCCUGUGCCGCCAGUUCCAGCGAUGCCUACGGUGAUACAGCAGUCGGGAAAGCAGCGUCGAUCCAGCUCGACCCAUCGGUAUACGCCGAUCGCUCCAGCUCCACCUUCUCAUACCAGCAAUAGUACUAUCAUUUCACCUUCGGUUACGACGCCAUCUGCAGGAUAUUACAACCAACAUCCAGCAGCUGCCCAACCCCAGGUUCCCGUUGCCCGGCCGGCUUCACAGUACUUACCUCCUGCGCAAUCUCCCAGCCAUCCGACCCCGCCAACGUCAACGUCGUCCACUACUGCGACUGCGCCCUCGUGUAGCUUGGCUAAGCUUCAGCAAUUGACUAAUGGCUUAGCGGAUUCGGCUUCUCCCCAUCACACCAUGACACCUCCUCCAAAUCAAACUCCCCCUCCACCACCUCCGUCGCAUCUCCACGGGUUGAGUCAUUCUCGAGAUCCAUACGGCUAUGGGGUAGUGCCGACUCCGCCGCCGUCGGCCAUACCUUCCCAGCAGAGCUAUGCCAAAUACUACCAAGGGUCUGUUCCAUCGCCUAUUCCGGUCAGUUCAAGUCCAGUAGCCGGACUUAACACACCAUCAAGUGUCGUCCAUUCCAAUAACAGCGAACUAACGUCUACGCAUACUGGUAGCGGGCACAAUGUAAAUGCAGCUGGCCAGUCAGGACGCUCGUCAUCUUCCACUGCUGCAGCGCCACCGUCGUCAUCUUCUGUCGGGCGAAAUAGUAACAACAGCAGUUCUCAACAGCGGCAAGCAACGGACGCUGCUACGCAACAACGCCAAGCGCAACAGCUCAUGCAGCAGAGCUAUGCCGCCAUGAAUCAGCUAAAUGGUUACAGAAUGAGUAUGGCCGGUAUGGCUGGAAUGCCCGGCAUGCCCGGUAUGCCCGGUAUGGGUAUGCCUAGCAUGAGCAUGAUGGCCGCUCAGCAUCAGGCGCUAAACUCGGCCUCGUACAUUGCAGCAGCCAAUCCAGGAUUCAUGAAUCAAAGUCAGUUGGGCGUGAUGAAUAUGCAUGCUCACGCGGCUGCCGCUCAUGCUGCUCAACAUCCACAUUCUGCUCCCCACAGCCACUCUGCCGCGGCCCAAGCGGCGCAAUACCAACAGGUUGAUCAGCGUACUGGCACUCCGGCUGGCAUGUAUUCAGCACCGUACGCCUACGGCAUCCCGCAGCUUCCCCAACUCAACGGCACCAUGAGGAGGUAA